AUGCAGAUCUUCGUCAAGACUUUAACGGGAAAGACCAUCACCCUGGAUGUGGAGGCUUCCGAUACCAUCGAUGCCGUGAAGGCCAAGAUCCAGGACAAGGAGGGGAUCCCGCCGGAUCAGCAGCGUCUGAUCUUCGCUGGUACAGAGCUGAUUUUGUUUUUUUCUAAAUUUCGAAAUUAUACGACUGCGUCAUUUAUUUCAAAGGAAGCUAAAUGAACCGCAGCGUAGUAGAUCGAACUAGAAGUCAUCCCAAAAACACCGUAUCUUUCACAGGUAAGCAAUUGGAGGACGGCCGCACUCUGUCGGACUACAACAUCCAGAAGGAGUCCACCCUGCACUUGGUGCUGCGUCUGCGUGGUGGCGUCAUCGAGCCGACCCUGCAGGUGCUGGCCCGUAAGUACAACUGCGACAAGAUGGUGUGCCGCAUGUGCUAUGCCCGCCUCCCGCCGCGUGCCAUCAACUGCCGUAAGAAGAAGUGCGGACACACCAACCAGCUGCGCCCGAAGAAGAAGGUGAAGUAAGUGCGCAUCUUGCACUACGUAACUCUUGUCGACUACGCUAUCAGAGGUUCUUGUGUGUAAGAAAACACAACGUUGGAAAAGACUGAUUCACAACUAACGAAACCACGAGACAAAACUUAAAUCGGUUUUUUUCAGCUAAAACGUCCUCAGAAAAAAGCUUUCAAGUGCGAGCCCUGCUCGUUGCUGCGCAUAAGAUUCCACGCGCUGCCCGGAGGUUUUGUUCGGAAAUUUUCAUGUCCAGUGCAGAGUCCGCUCCAGUGUGAAAGUAUCCGGAGGCGUGUAAAAUUUUCAUGUCCGCUCCAGUGUGAAAUUUUCAUGUCCGG